GAAGCUUUGACUCUUUGGACAGCAAAAAGAAGACGAGGCAAAGGAGAGAGUAAGAGAAAUAAAAAAGGACCCCCUACAAUAUACACCAGGUCUGCCAAACAUGCACUUCAUCGUGACCUUGGCCCUUUUUGCCGCGGCUGCCGUCGCCCAGACGGGCACCGCAGGCGGCGCAAGGAACGUCACAACCGUCACGCAGGUCGUAGACGAGAUUGUUACGUACUGCCCUGAGCCGACGGUGAUUACCAUCAACGAUGAGUGCUACACCGUCACCGAGCCCACCACUCUGACCAUUACCAACUGCCCUUGCACCAUUACAACUACCAUCCCUGCUGGUCCUACCCACCCCUUUGUUCCUAUCCCCGACGCAACUGGUGGCUACGUUCACCCGCCGACGCCCGAGUACACCCACACCGCCGCCGCCGGCCCCAACGCCGAUGCCGGCCGUAGCCUCCUUGGCCUGGCCGUUGCUGCUGUUGGUCUGGGUGCUCUUGCCCUGUAA